AUGAUGGAAACUACAACAAGCAUGGAUAAUACUACCAAUACUACUACUACUACUACGUUUUAUUGCUAUGUUUCUGUUUUCAGUACAGACCAUAUUGCUCAAAUUUCUCUCGGCAAGCUGUCUCAUCCAACAGAAUUAAGACGACAAGUCCUUGUUCGAAAUACACUCAUGACUUGUCUUUCCAGUGAAAGAGCACAGGAAGAAAGUUGGCUUGAUGCUUGCUUUGAUGAAUUAUCAUGCGAUGAUGAAUUCGAUGACCACUACGAACAAGAGAAUACAUCAAAACCUUCUCCACCUCCACCACAACCUAUGAACAACCAUUCUCAACAAUUGGUUCUUGCUCUUCCUAUUUAUCGUCAUCAUCAUCUUUCAAAUGCCAAGCAACCGGCUCUGUAA